UCUGUUUUUUGUCUUUUUUUCAUAGGUAUUUCGACAGAGAUGUACGUUGCAUACGUGAAUUCUUUGCCAGGCGGUUUCAUUAUGAAAGUGAACUUUUCCCCAAGUUUUCAGAUAUAAGACGAGAUGAUAACCUUGAUGUUGAGGUGUCGGCUAGCGGAUUUACAAAGGAAAUGGCCAGUACAUUUGACGAGGCUGCUGACGAACUGAACAUCCUUAAAGGACCCGAGUCUUCAGAGAUUGCAGCAGAUGAAGAUGACGAUGAUGAAAAUGAAAUCGAUGAUGAAGAUGAAGAUGUGGAUGAAGAUGAAGAUAUGGAAACUGUACAAGCUAACACAACAACAUGUAGUGACAAUGUAACAGACUCCUCAUGUGUGAAGUGUGAGGAAGAAUGUCCAACAGAUAAUGUGUCUGAAACAAACGAGGCAUCAGCUGACCGUGAGGUAGAUGACAGACUCAAGAAUUCAGCUGACCGUGAGGUAGACGACAGAGUCGAGAAUUCAGCUGACCGUGAGGUAGACGACAGACUUGAGAAUUCAGCUGACCGUGAGGUAAACAAUAGGCUUUCUGAUGAGGAGUUAAGUGAGGAUGAACUGUUAGAGGAUUUAAGUGGUUUUAACAGAGCAUACAAACCUUUCAGAAAUGAGGAAAGUAUGGAGAAAACCAACACUCACUUGACAAGACAGCACAGCUCUCUCAGUGUGUCCAGCAGUGCCUCCUCCCUGGAUCCUCAAUUGGUCAAAGAGAAGAUGAAGAGACAACUCAAACAGAAGCAUGAGAAAUUACACGCCCGCCGUAUCAGGAAGAAAGGGGAGGCCUCCAUUGUCACGCGAUCAAAGCGAGACACAAAACAUGACAUCAAAGACAGUCUCUCUGCUCAGUGGUAUUAAAUGUCGUGUAAGAAAAGCUAAAUAUCAUGUUAUAAAAUUAUAAUACAUCUAUAUUGAAAUUAUUGUACAACAUGUUUGUAAAUUGAUUGAAAAUGUUUUAAAAUAAACCCAAUUAUUACCAGAUUUUGACUUCAUGUUAUAACAAGAGGCCCAAUGGGCCUGCAUUGCUGUUGAUUCACUACCUUUCAGUUCAAUCAAAA